AUGGAGGAAGAAGUCGCAGCACUUGUUAUUGACAAUGGAUCCGGAAUGUGCAAGGCCGGCUGUGCGUCUAUCGUCGGUCGCCCUCGUCACCAGGGUGUCAUGGUCGGAAUGGGCCAAAAAGACUCCUAUGUUGGUGAUGAAGCACAAUCUAAGCGAGGUAUCCUUACGUUGAAAUACCCCAUUGAACACGGUAUCGUCACGAACUGGGAUGACAUGGAAAAGAUCUGGCAUCACACCUUUUACAAUGAACUCCGUGUCGCCCCUGAGGAGCACCCAGUUCUAUUGACGGAGGCGCCCCUCAACCCCAAGGCGAACAGGGAGAAGAUGACCCAGAUUAUGUUCGAGACCUUCAACGCCCCUGCCUUUUACGUCGCUAUCCAGGCCGUCUUGUCUCUGUACGCCUCCGGUCGUACCACUGGUAUCGUCCUGGAUUCCGGUGAUGGUGUCACGCACACCGUGCCCAUUUAUGAAGGUUUCGCUCUUCCUCAUGCUAUCCUCCGUCUCGACCUCGCUGGUCGUGAUUUGACCGAGUACUUGAUCAAGAACUUGAUGGAGCGUGGAUACCCCUUCACCACCACGGCCGAGAGGGAAAUUGUCCGGGACAUCAAAGAGAAGCUGUGCUAUGUUGCCCUUGACUUCGAGCAGGAGCUGCAGACCGCUGCGCAGAGCAGUGCCCUGGAGAAGUCCUACGAAUUGCCCGAUGGACAGGUUAUCACCAUCGGUAACGAGCGGUUCCGUGCUCCUGAGGCACUAUUCCAACCGGCUUUCUUGGGAUUGGAAGCCGCUGGUAUUCACGAGACAACAUACAACUCCAUCUUCAAGUGUGAUCUUGAUAUCCGUCGUGACCUUUACGGAAACGUUGUCCUCUCUGGCGGUACAACGAUGUUCCCUGGUAUUGCUGACCGUAUGCAGAAGGAGCUGACGUCGCUCUCGCCUUCCAGCAUGAAGGUCAAGAUCGUUGCUCCUCCCGAACGCAAAUACUCCGUCUGGAUUGGUGGUUCUAUUCUCGCAUCGCUCUCCACGUUCCAGAACUUGUGGUGCUCGAAGCAGGAGUACGACGAAAGCGGUCCUGGUAUCGUUCACCGCAAAUGCUUCUAA